AUGCCGUCGACGCAACAAAUCAAGCAUCGUGCAUAUGCAAGGACUGGCUGCAAAACCUGCAAGUGUGUACCCUUGAGGGCCUAUCAAAUCCACAUUUCUAAUACACUUCCUGAUCGUGCUGUCCUUCCUUAUCCUUCGUACGCGAAUGUCGUGUUUGUAUACAUCACUAACAACAGCCGCAGGAUCCGCAAGGUCAAAUGUGACGAAUCGAAGCCGCAAUGUAAUCGAUGCCAACGAAGUGGUCGAAAUUGUGAUGGAUAUGUGGAUGUUGUCAUGCACCAUCAAAAUGUGAAAUCUUUCAAGUUCGUCAAUUACAUAAGCCACGGACCGUCGUUCUCUGCAUCUCUUUUCCUACAAGACACACGACAACGACAUGCUUUCGAAUUCUACCAGCUGCGAUCAUCUCUGGAACUUUCUGGCCCUUUCCUCGAAGAGAUAGAUGUUUGGAACAGGCUCGUGCUACAGGCUGCAUAUCAUGAAACAGCCAUCCGCCAUGCGGUCUGCGCUUUGGGGAGCUUUCACCAAGAAUAUGAAGAUGAGACGCUCUAUGCCUCUGGUUUUCUAAGGACAGGCCUAGAACAGUAUUCCUACGCACUCAAAGCUCUUGUCGCCGCAAAAGGAAGCUGGAGGUGCAUGGAGGUGACCUUAAUCGCUUGUAUCGUGUUCACAUUCUGCGAGCAUUUACAAGGACAUCUUGGCUCAGCUAAGGCUCAUGUGCACAGUGGCUUGAAGCUCCUCGACACCUAUGUAACAGUGUCUAGAGAAGUGAACCCAGCUGGGCCGACACACUCAGUUCACCGCCGACCAUACAUUCCGCUCACAAUGCUGAUCAUAUUGUUCAGACGCUUGGAUCGCCAGCUGGCAGAAUUCGGCCAACAGCCUGCGUGUACAGGUCACCAGUCUCUAAGAUUUCAGCCUCCAUACCUUCCAGAUCGGUUUCAGUCUGUAGCAGCUGCCACUGGAUCACUUGAAAACAUUGUCGAUCAGCUCAUUGGAGUUACACUGGAAGCUACAGUUAGACAACUGGAUAAGUGCUCUAGUGAGAUGGCUGCGUUGCGUGGAACCUGGUACAUACGACUUUCGCAACAGCUCGAUCAGUGGAAGAGGGCCUCCGACGGGCUUUUAUCUCUAUCCUCGGCAUGCAAUCAAGAUCGAGCGAACCACUCCAACGAAGCAGUCCUGAUUCUCCGUCUCUGGUAUCUUUCGUGCUGCCUCUUUCUACUGCUUGAUUCUCCGAAUGAGGUUAUGGAUUAUGAUGGAUGCAUGCCAAUAUUCCAGUCAAUGGUCGAUGUUGCUCAAGCCUUGCUGGAGGUUCAGAACAAAUGCCAACCUGAAUCGAUUAUACCAACCAUCCGGAAACGCAAGAAGGCAUCGACUCCGAUAAUUGAGGCAUUUAUGGUUCCCAACUCUAAAUAUGAAUUAUGUGGACUGCAAGAUUUUGAGAACGGAGACUUUGCCACAUUACGGCCCGUAUACUUCUCCCGUUUGCCAAAGUUGAACAAAGCCGUCUUUACAUGCACGGCUUUGUCCCCAGUCCCCCCGCUGUUCAUCGUCGUCACUCGGUGUCGUGAGCCAAAGUUACGACGUCAGGCACUGCAAAUUCUCUCCCAACUCAACCGGCGUGAUGGCUUUUGGGAUUCAACCCUGGCUGCCAUGUGUGCUGGAGCUCUACUGUACUCGGAGGAGCUAGACACGACCGAUUUGCACGCUCAGAGAGGGAAAGCCCAGGGUCUAGAGAAACCUGGAUCUGCAAAGCAAAUCCCCGUUGGUGCCCGAAUGCUAGGCGUUCGGCCACAGUUUGGCGAAGGAAGAUUGCUGACUUUUGAGUUUGUAAAGGCGCAGCCGCGGCUUGAGGCCCUGCGAUGUUGA